UAAUUUUUAGUUUUAUCAAAAGUCAAUAGGUAGGUACCUACGAUAACAUACUUAUAUUUUAUAAUAAUCCAAGUGGAAUAUAAACGCUGUUUAGAUGCAGUAAUAAAUACAAUAUUCGCUAUAACGGUUUUUAAUUAUUAACAAUAUGUAUAACCGAAAAAGUAAAAGCAGUGAAAGUAGAAGUGAAAACAAUGAAUAUGAUGAAUCAGUGGGAGAUGCACCUAGCAAAAGAAAUAAAAAAGUGACGUAUUUAAGACAUUUUCCCAAUGUCGUCGAAGAAGAAGUAUUGCGAAGAUAUCCUUGUGCAUUAGUCAUUGAUUUCCUAAGACAGGGUUACCUUUAUGUCACAAAGAACUAUUUGGCAUUUCAUUCAAACAUAUUUGGAUAUGUUACUAAACUUUUAAUUCCUUUGCUUAGUAUUGAAGAGAUUACAAAGGAAAAGACAGCAAAAAUAAUUCCCAAUGCCAUAGGAAUACAAACGGCAGAGGGCAAACAUACUUUUUCCAGUUUCUUGUCCAGAGAUAGGACGUUAGCGUUUAUAAUGGAAGUCUGGAACCAAGCCAAACGUGCGGAAACUAUAUCUUUGGACUCAUAUGAUAGGGACUCUGACUAUAGCAUGUGUUCAUCUGAAGAAGAAAUUAUCGAAGAAACUGACAUAGUGUGCAAACAAGUAGAAAUCGCUCAUAAAACUAGUGUGACUGAUCCGGUACCUACAAAGAACACAAACCCGAAGAACACAAACCUGUUAACUUCGGUAACAAAGAAACCUGGAAUUAACACUCGAAUAUCAAAAGAACGCACAACGCAUUUCAUUCUUUACUACGCUGCGAUUAUUCUGAUUGUUCUUCUUUUCUUAUCAGCAGCAGUCUUGUUGCAUCGCAUAGUCAAAGUAUACAAUCUAUAUUCUUAUGAAACUCCAAACGAAUCAGAAAAGAUGUAUUAUAAGGAACUGAAGCAGUUUUUUGAAAAAAAUCCCGAGAUGUUAGCGAAAUCAUUUGGAUCAAUCCACAAUUUUGCGGAAGAAAAUAUAAAACAUGUAUCAUCGGUACGAAAGUCCUUAGAGUCCAUUUAUUCCGUAUUAUCAUCAGAAUCUGAAAAGCAAGACACAAACGAUUUUAAAAAUGUUUAACACAAGUACUUCGGUAAAGUAAAUCUAUAUUAGAUUUACUAUUACACUUCAGAGUGAGAAUAUAUUUAAUAUAAUAAAUAUUUUUAUUAACUAA